UUGUAUGUACAUAUAUUAAUGUUUCAAAAUACACUAAUGUAUGGUGUAUGUACUUAUAAAUAUACUUUAAUAAAGAAAAGACAUGAAUUUUAUUUUGUCAGUACGAUCAUACUGUUCUAAUACUUCUGGUCCAAUAAAAAAAAGUGCAAACUUAAUUAGAAAUGAAUUUUUAGAUUAUUUUAAACAAGAUUUAGGACAUACUUUUAUUCGAUCAAGUCCUGUUGUACCUCUUAAUGAUCAUACAGUUGCAUUUGUUAAUGCUGGAAUGAAUCAAUUUAAGGGAGUUUUCUUAAAUUAUUAUGAUCCACCUAUGCUGAAAGCUGUGAACUCACAAAAAUGUAUUAGAGUUAGUGGAAAACACAAUGAUUUAAAUGUAGUUGGAAGUGAUAGUUAUCAUCACACAUUCUUUGAAAUGUUAGGAAAUUGGUCUUUUGGAGAAUAUUUUAAGGAAAAGGCAUGCCGUUAUGCUUGGGAUCUAUUAACAAACCAAUAUAAUAUUAAUAAAGAAUUUUUACAUGUAACUUAUUUUGGUGGAGAUGAAAAAUUGAAAUUAGAACCUGAUUUAGAAUGUAGAGAUAUUUGGUUAAGUAUUGGUGUUGCAAAAGACAAAAUUAUACCAUUUGGAUUACAAGAAAACUUCUGGGAAAUGGGAAUCUCAGGACCAUGUGGUCCUUGUACAGAGAUACAUAUAGAUUAUACAAAACAAUUAUCAAAUCGAUCAGUGCAAGUUAAUAAAGCUUCUUCAGCUCUCACAGAAUUAUGGAACAUAGUUUUCAUACAAUACCUAAGGUUAACAGAUGGUACAAUAGUACCUCUUCCAAAACAUCAUGUUGAUACAGGCAUGGGACUUGAGAGAUUAGUUGCAUUAUUACAAGGAAAAAGCUCAAAUUAUGAUACAGAUCUUUUCCAGCCUCUUUUUAAAGCCAUUCAGAAGUAUACAAAAGCUCCAGAUUAUGAGGGUAAAUUUUAUAAUGAUGAAGUUGGACUUGACAGUGGAUAUAGGGUAUUGGCAGAUCAUAGUAGAAUGAUUUCUGUGGCUCUAGCAGAUGGAAUGAUUCCAGAACAAAGUAAUAAACUUAGAAAAAUAAUAAGAAAAGCAAUUGAUGUAGGUGAAAAGAUAUUUAAGAAGCAAGGAAUACUUCAUGAACUCUCGUAUGCUGUAGCAGAAAAUUUAGGAGAUGUUUAUCCAGAAUUGCAGGAUAAUCUUAAAACGGUACAGAAAAUAAUAAAAUUUGAAGAAGAAUUAUAUAUAAAAUUACAAAAUACUUCUGGUAAAGAAUGGAAAAAAAUUGUUGCAACACGUCCUCAACUAGUAUCCAUAUCUGAAUGGACAGCUCCUGGACUAGUAAAUGGAUAUAAGUAUCUACAAAGUACACUUAAAGAAUUGAAAGCAACUGAUAUAUUAACAGGAAAAGUUGCUUUUAAGUUAUAUGAUACACAUGGUUUAAGUGUAGAAACAAUAAGUGAACUAGCAGAAGUUGAAUCAUUAAAUUUCGAUAGUCUAGCCUUUCAAAAUGAAUUAGAAAAACUCAGGAAUCAAUCAAGAAUUGGCUUAGUAAAGAGCAGUGAAGUGAUGCUAAGGAAAUCUCUGGAAACGCUUCAGAAAAAUCAUGUACUUAAAACUGAUGACAGUUUCAAGUAUAAAUAUAUUCAUGAUGGAGAUAAUUAUCAAUUCCCUACCAUUGACAGUAAAAUUGUAGCAUUAAUAAUAAAUGAUAACAUAAUAUUUAACCGAGGAGACGAAAAUAUAUAUUCCAUUAUAUCCAAAAAUACUGCAAAUUAUGGUAUAAAAUCGGAUGAAGAUGAAAUUGGAAUUAUACUGGAUAAAACAGUAUGUUAUUCAUUGGAAGGUGGUCAAGUGUCAGAUAAAGGCUCCAUUAGUACAAAAGAGUUAAAUUUCAGUAUAAAUAAUGUGAGAAAAAUUAAUGAUUAUGUUAUACACUUCGGAAAGUUUAAUCAAAGCGAUUUAAAAAUUUGGGGUGAAAAAUUAAAAAUUGGUGACAGUUGUAUAGUUUCUAUUUUACCUGAAUUUCGAAUUGGAACAAUGCAGCAUCAUACUGCAGCACAUCUGUUAAAUGCAUGUGUAAAGGAAAUUAUUCAGGGAGUUUAUCCGCGUAAUUCUCUCAUUCUUCCGCAUAAUUUAAAGUUUCAAUUUAAUUCUUUUGGAGAAAAACUUUCUCGUAAGCAGCUGGAAGAAAUCGAAAAACGUGUAAAUAGCGCUAUAGAAGCCAAUGUUCCAAUCAUUACAAAAGUAUUAAAUUCAUUAGAAUUGUUAACAGAAGAUUCUGUAUCAUUAAUACCUGGAGAAAUCUAUCCUUAUACGGGUAUCAGAGUUGUAGAAAUAGAUUCGCUGAAUUUAAAAUCAAAAGAAGCAUGUUGCGGCACACACGUUUUUAAAACAGGAAUAUUAGAACAUUUUUAUUUCCAAAGUUACUAUUCAAAAGGAUCGGCAAAUUUUAAUGUUAAAGCUGUUGUAGGACCACUUGCAACAGUUGCUAAAUUAAUUGCUGAAAAAGUACAGUCUAGAAUUUUUGAUUUAGAGGAAAAAUUAAAAACUGAAGAAAUUACAUAUGAAACAUUUAAAUCAAUUAGUAAAGAAAUUGAGCAUGAAAUGAAUAAUAAAGAUAAUGAAGAAGUAUCAAUACCAUACCUUAUUAAAGAAGACUGUUUACUGAAAUUAAAAGAUUUAAAUGAUCUCGCUAAGAUGAGAGCGAAAGAAAUAGAAAAGUCUUUUAUAAAUAUGGAGAUAAAAAAUGAAUUCAACGCAACGCCUUCUUUUGUUGUUCAUUGUUUGCAUAAGAACCUCGUGCAUUUAUCACUUCAGGAAGCUGUAUCUCUUUAUCCAAAUAUGCCAAUACUUAUUAUUGUACACCAUAAUGGAACAAUAAAAGCAUGGUGUUCUGUACCGCAGGACCUUGUAUCUGAUUCGUUUAAUGCACGAACGUGGAUGAACAUCGUUCUUGAUGUUUUUAAUGCAAAAUAUGUUCCAACCAAAGGUUUUGAUCCGUCUUUAGUUGCUAGUAUGAGAACCAUAAAUAUUUCAGAAGCUUCACAGAAACAUCUAAUACACGAAGCAGCUGAAGAAGCUAGAACUUUUGCAUUUACACAUGUAAAAAACAGUUGAAAUUCUAUUUUACAAACACCCAACUAAUGUUGCACUGCGCGUUCUUCCUGCUUUACAAUGUACAUAAACACUUCCAUGAGGAUAAUUGCAAAAAUUCAACAUUGUGUAUCUGCCAUUCCUAAAAUAAAAAUGUUAGAAAAUACUCGUAGUUCAUAAUCUUCAUUCAUCGAUACAACAGCUUUAACAUUUUCUUCAGUUAUUAACUGAAAUUUUAAAUAGUACAGUUUUUAUAUAUUUAUACAUUAUGUGACAUUAAUAUUAUUAAUUAUAUAUAUAAUUUUAUAACUUAUAAGUACACACCUGUUUUGUCAUACCGCGAAACGGUAGGGCACCUAAUAUAACUACUUCGUCGAUUCUAUCAUACCAAUUUCGUGAUGAAACUUUUUCCAUUAAUACAUUAUAUAAAAGCGUUGGAUAAAACGUAAAUCUUGCAAACAUUUUCACUACAAUUGUCGUUUAAUAAUAAAAUUUAUUAUUCUUUAAAUUUUUGAAUAUAAUUAAAAAGUUACUUGUAAUUUAAAUUUGAAAAUAUUCUAAUAAUUCGACGAGUGAGAUUCAAAACUUAUCAUACUCGACGAAGUUUCAUGCAGUGAAACUAACAGGACUUUGGAAUACGUCGAAAGAAAUGCUACCGAUAUAACGGGACUUAUGAAACCAACUGCUUAAUGGGCGACAAUUUAUUUACGAAUAUGUAUUUAUUCCACGAAUAAAAAAUUUAUCUUUUAUUAUAGACAGAAA